AUGUCCAAGAAAUCUGUUCUUGUUGUUGUUGGUACUACAAAAUUUGAAGAUCUGAUAAAAGCAGUCUCUGAGAAAAGAUUUCAAAAAUUGCUAUUUUCAAAAGGGUACACUCAUUUAAGUAUUCAGAUAGGCCAUGGUGAAUAUACACCUGCUGAGAGUGGGAGUGGCAGGGGGGAAGAGCUGAUUGUUGACUGGUUUCGUUUCAAGCCUACACUGGCCAACGAUAUGACAGAAGCAUCACUUAUUAUCAGUCAUGGAGGUUCUGGUACAAUAUUUGAGUCUCUGUCGUUACGUAAAGCCCUGGUUGUUGUUAUUAAUGAAACCUUAAUGAAUAAUCAUCAAACAGAGCUAGCCUCUAGACUGGCUAAAGACGGUCACUUAGUGUAUACUUUCAGCAAGUAUGUACAUUUUUUU